AUGCCUCCUCAUCACUUGACCCCAACUUUUUCUUCAGGCUUUCAUCAGUUCUUCAAAAGGAGACGAGUCCAAAUUCCGAGCUUUGAUAAAACAAGUCUUCCUCCUCGCUCAUUCCUUCCGACUAAAAUAGCAUCCAAAAUAUCCACCACAGAUUCAGCUGAUCUCCAGAAAGUUUUCCCGAACUUAUUCGCUUCCGAGCCAAUGAAAGAAACCAUCGAAAGAAGUAUCGGGUAUUGUAAUGUUCCAGCCCUAAAAGGCGAAACCAAAACAUGUUCCAACUCAUUAGAGGACAUGAUAGAAUUCUCGAAAAAAGCCUUGGGGGAGAAAAAAUUAAUCUCACUGAGUACUGAAAGCACGAGAGGGUCAGGAAAAGAGCUUGAAAUCGGAAACAUCAAACAGUUCCACACUAAAAUGAUUGUGUCUUGCCAUGAAGUUUUCUUUCCAUUUGCCACUUACUUUUGCCAUUCGCUUCCCUUAUCAAAUACACGUCUUUACGCAGUCGAUUUUGUCGAUCCGGAAACAAAAGCUCAUGUUAAUAGGAUCUUGGCAGUUUGUCACUUGGAUACAUCUGAAUGGCCAGCUGAACAUAUGGUUUUAAGACCCUGA